AUGAGUGCUGCAAAAAAGCUACGAUUAGAUGUGGGAGUGACAACAGCGGAAUGCUCGAACUAUGAAAACGAAAUACACGAAAAAUUGAAGAAUAACUAUUCACAACAAUCGUAUACGCCAACGAUCGAAACGAUUUCUAAGACAGAUACAUUUUUACGAUCGCCACUAGUAGCACCAUUAACCACUGCUUCAUCUGCAAAUACAUCGUUACACGACAACAAUCAGAAUACUUCUACACACAAUAUAGCGAAGCGAUACCGAGUCUUUGAUCGUGAAAAAGUAAAUCUUGAAUCCCAUCAGUUAGUAUGGUUUGGUCUAAAUGUCGAUAGAAAUGAGAAAAGUGACACUAUAGUUACACUUGAAGGUCUAAGAAAGAUUGUUGAUUAUACAAAAAUAUUUGACGACGUUGAACAAUGUCAACAGUACAUAGAACAAACUAAGGAUACAAUUACAUUUUUAGUCACGUCUGACCACCGAGGCGAACAGCUGGUAUCUCGCGUUCACAAUCUCAAUCGAGUUUCAUCGAUCUAUAUUUAUUGUUUGAACAAAGAAUAUCAUCAGAAAUGGGCUUCAAAUUAUUCAAAGAUUAAACAAGUACGCACAAACAUUGACCAAUUGUUAAAUGAUCUAGCACAAGAUGUUCAGGAAUAUUUAAAACAUGAAAACGACGGAAUUUUUAGAUGUACCGGAAGACAAGGUGAUACUACAGGUGGAUUUCUGUCUUUAUUCGUGGAGCUUGUUGAUAUUUUGUGUUAUUUACCAUAUCCAGAAGAUUGUCGAUGUAAAUUGAUUGUUUCACUAAAAGAUUAUUAUAGUGGUAAAGAAGUAGAAUUAAAAGUUCUGCAAGAAUUUGAAAGCAACUAUUCAUCAGACAAAGCUAUUUGGUGGUACACACGUGACAAAUUUCUCUAUCGUUUAAUAAAUCGGGCCUUACGGCAAAAUAAUAUUAGACUUUUGUUUUUAUUCGGAUUCUUUAUACAAGAUAUGUAUCGACAAUUAAAACGUGAACAUGAACGAUCUAAAUUACAACAUAUAGAUAAUCCAUUAAAAGUAUACCGAGGACAAUUUAUGUCACGCGGUGAAAUUAACAAGAUUAAAAAAUGCGGUAUCGUCCCGAUUCGUCGACAAAUCGGACACUUCAAAGAAUAUACAUCAAAGAAUUUCAAAGGCGGGAGGGGCGGUGUGAGAGUGAGUGUCGACGAAUCGGGACUGAAUCAAAAAUGCGACUACGAGACAGAUUACUCAAUUGUAAACAAUUGUUUCUUUUCAACGACCAUUGAUCGUUCUAUAGCAUUAUUGUAUACAAAACCAUCACAGCCUGACGAUGAAGUUCAGAGUGUUUUAUUUGAAAUUGAAAUCGAUGUUCGACGAGAGUCUCGCCCCUAUGCUAACAUUUCAGGUUUGAGCAACUUUCCAGAUGAAUGUGAAAUAUUAUUCAUGAUUACAACACGAUUUGAUAUCGAAUCAAACGAUGUUUAUUACGAUAAAAAUGAAAAGAUUUGGAUGGCUAAACUGAAAUUAGUAAAUGAUGAUCUUAUAAAAGACGAUCGAGAUUUUGAAAGUGCGAGCAAGAGAAAAACAGUGAAAAACUGUGUCAGUGUACUUCAUGAUGUUCUUUACAGGGAGUCAUCUGAGAUCGCAAUCACAAUAUUCAAUGAAUUGAUUGAUUUAUAUCCAUCAGAAAAAUGGGUUUUUGACAUGAAAAAUUAUUACCUUGGUUGCUAUCCUGAAAAGCAUCUAGAAGAAAUCUACACUUCAGCAUUAUCAACUCGCGAUGAAGUAUUGACAAUGUGGUUUGAAUACAUAAACGAUGAUGAAUUAAAUUGCUCCGUUGAUAUUGGUAAAAUCUUUAAAGGUAUUGGUGACUGUUACCCAGAUGAAUUAGAUGAUCACAAUAUGGCUAUGAAACAUUAUGAUCUAGCUAUCAAUUAUUAUCAAUCAGCAAUUCAAAAAACUGCUACGGAUUAUGAAAAAAUAGAUAUACUCAAUUUGUUGAGUUAUGUGUACACAAGCAAAAUGGAAAUCAGCAUUGAUAAGAAUGAACAAACACAAAAUUGUUUAAUGGCCAUUAAACACAUAGAACUAAGUGUUCAAAACUUGUUAAAAUAUUAUUCAUCUAAUUAUUACAUCGUUGCCACUCGUAUUGAAGAAAUAGCUAAUCUUUAUCAAUUGAUAUUUAAAUAUGAUGACGCAUUAACUAACUAUAAAAAAGCUCUCGAAAUUUAUACGCAACAAUUUGAACCAAGUUUAUAUCGGAUUGAACAUACUUCUCAGAAAAUAAUUAAAAUCUUUUAUGAUCAUAAACAUGACUAUAAUUCAGCACUUAGAUACCAGUUAAUGAAACAUGAAUAUACAUUAAAAGGCGAUGUACCAGAAUCAACGUUUGAAAUUCGUGUCAAGAGAAAAGAAAUAGUUAAAAGUCACGUCAAAUUAGCUGAUAUUUAUAGAGCAUUACAUCAAUAUGAUUCAGCUAACGAACAUUUGAUGAUAGUAACGAAAUUAAAUCAGGAAUCUGAAUUAUUCGAUAAAGAAGAAGCUGCAUCUGUUGAACCAGGUAAAUAUAUUGUAUGCACAAACGGCCCAUUUUUUGGUUUAAAAAAGCUUGUUCCAGCAACGACAAAGAAUUUAUAUCAGGAAACCACCAAAAAUGGCUCGCAGAGUAGCAUAGUGCACUACCAGAUGGACACUUUGCCAAAAACGAAAGGGUUUUUUCGGCUUUAAAUAGCGGUAAAUAUAUUGUGUGUACAGGCGGCCUAUUUAUUGGUUUAAAAAAGCUCGUUCCAGACACUAAGAUUCAUGGAUAACACUUACGAGGGAACCUUUCGAGGUGAUUAAAAGCUUUUUGAUCGACAUCUAGUGUGUUAUAGGUUAUCGACCAUGCUGAUUCCGAAUAUGAUCAUGGGACUGGCCCAUAGCUCUCGAAGAUCCAGUCUUCUGGAAAACCAGUUUUUCAGAAAUGCCCAAAAAUAACCCAAGCCUUUCUUAAUAAUGCAGGAUUGUAGCGCGCAAAUUUCUAAUUAAAAUGAUACAUCCCCCAGCUCUACACGACCUUUCUUUGCAAAGUUAUAGAAUUUAUAAGAACAGCCUUAAAUUGUUCAUUGUCAGCUCAAAGCUACAGAAAUCAGAAGGAAAGAAUUAAUUUAGGGCUCUUCUUAUAAAUUCUAUAACUUUGCAAAGAAAGGUCGUGUAGAGCUGGGGGAUG